ACCAAUGUAGUCAAAAUCAGAUACCUGUACAAUGCAAGCUCCUGAGUGACUGUCGGCUGUGUUUGAUGUAAAAUGUCGCUAGAAAAACAAAGGACGACCUGGGAUGAAAAAGAGCGACUGUGUGCCGUGCGGCUAGUGAUUGAACAGUACGACGUGUUAUACGGAGGAUUUGCCGACGGAAUCACAUUCAAAGAAAAGUCGGCCGCCUGGAAUAAGGUGGCCGAUGACUUGAAUGCAUCAAGCAAUGUAAAGCGGACACCUGCAGAGGUUAAGAAAUUGUUCCAGAAUGUGAAAAGUAGAGCCAAGAAAAAGUAUAACGAAAACAUGGCCACUGGUGGCGGUCCAGUUGGCAAGAUAACACUGGCAGAGGAAAUUGUCCUUGAAUUUCUGAAGGACAAGCCCCAACUCAUAGGGAUCCCAGGCGGGAUAGAAUCUGGAGUGAUAGAGCCUGUGGAAGAUGCUGCCAGUGUUGCAGAUUUGGUUGUGCAACAAGCCCCAAUGACAGAGAGUAAGCACAUCAGCACGCAUCAAGAAACAGUGUCAGUUCAUGCCAUUGAACAUCCAAGUGUGUCCCAUGAACACCCAGAUGAACCCAGAGUGAUGCAGACAAAUACAAAGAAACGUCGUAGGAAGUGCAUGGAUAGGAUUGAGCUCACCGAGGAGCUUCAUGACCUUGAAGUUUGCAGAGCAAGAAAGGAGAUUGAACUUUUAGAUUUAAAAAUAGCUCAACAACGUGAACUUUUCCAAUUGAAAAAAUCUGUUCUGGAGAAUGCCAUGCGAAAUGCUAACAUGGAUUUCAACAUUACUUUUCCAGGAUUAGGAAAUGAAAGUUACAAUUUUUCAUAAGAUCUCUUUUUGAAUGCAGUAUAAAUUGUUAAAGCUGCACUCUCACACAUUUACCAUUUUUACAACUUUUUCAUGUUUUGUCUUUAAUUAUAUCAUAGAUUUCAAUAUUUCUGUUCGAAAAUUAAUAUUUCAUGGCUUAAAUGCAUAAAAUAUCAAUUUUUGCACUUGAUUAUAAAAAUAUGGGAACUAAUUUUUGUCAUGAAUCUCAUAUAACUGGUUCCCUUGGAUUUUCACAAAAAUUGGCUCGUUCCAAGAUAAAAAAUAAAAAAACUUGUUCAAACUGUGACAGUGCAGCUUUAAAGAUCCACUCUUACUCCUAGAUAAUAUUUACCACACUCCAUGAUAUUGUUUUAAUAUUCCAAAAAGGAUGAAUAGAUGUCUAAAAUAAUUUAUUUAAUGAAAGAUACUGAGUUUAAUUCGAAAGAAAUGAACAUUUAACAAGUUAUUUCUUCAUACUAUGACUUAAGUAGACCAUAGUAAAUAUUUUAGCAUUCACCAAUCAUUUACCGUAAUAUCAAUUUGAGCUACUCAUUUGUUCUUCAACAUAUACAACAUGUGUUAUUGAGAUGGAAAUUAUCCUUUAUUAUUAAGUGUGUAGAAGUAUUUUCUCUGAUGAUGUAUCUAAAAUCAUUUUGAUGGAAAGUAUUUACAAUCAAAAAAUCUUAUUUGUGUAAUAGGAAUAAGUCUACAUUUAUUGAUUAAAUUGUAAUACAUUUAUUGUUUCAACUUGAAUGUCUAGGUUAUUUUAGUCAUUGGUAUUAUAUGGGGUAUUACUGUUGAUAUAUCAUAUCUUACAAUAAUUUCAUGAAGUUUUACUUUGUUCAAUACAACUCAAAAACAACUGAUGAAAAAUUGUGUAAAUUUGACCGAGUGGACUCAUGCAACAGUUUCAGAAAGAAUUACACUCAUGCAUUAUGAUGAACAAAAUGUGCAAAAUAACUGUUACAGUAAAGGUGAGCAGAGCAAAUUUUGCUAAAAUCCAUAUUGUGUUAAGCAAACCAUUACAAAAACAAAGAUGAGAAAUAAUGCUGGUCAAUAUCUUUUACAAAUCAAUAACAGAACUGUGAUAUGACAUAAACAGUAUACAUUCUUUACUCAAUACACACCAUGAAACUGAAUGUUACUGUUUAAAUGAAGUUGAAAAUAUCCCUUAUUGCUUAUAAACUAUUGCAAAAGAGCAUAACGAAUCAAAAACAAUCUGUAACAAUUCAGAUAACAUAAUUGUAUAAUAUUGUUUUUCAUUUCAUUUCAUUAUGGAACCUCACUUUACUGUAAUAUCUGAUUGUUAAUGUUGUGUUAUUAUCAGUCUUCCAUUUGGUAAAGUUACAUAGUUAUAAUGAAUUGUUUGUUAAACUGACAUUUAUUUAUGUGUUAAUGAAUAAGAAAUACAAUCGUUGAUAGAUGUUCAAAGUGAUAUCCACAACUUACACUUUUGCCAUUAAAUGUAUAGCACAUGUUUUAUGUAGUUUCUCCUAUUGUUAAACAUGUUAAACAUGGACUUACAGCUACAUAAAGUAUAAAAGUUU